UCACGGGAGUUAUCCUGAUUGUUAUAGAAAAUUAAAUUGUAUUAUAAAGUGAAUAUAAACAAUAUUAUUUCAGUUAAUGAAUAAAUUGUUCUUACUCUCGUAAAAUAAGUCGAAAGCCAUGGAGAACGAUAUCAACAAACCCUACAAAAUAUGUGAUGUGAACAGAGACAAAAAGAAGGGUACGGUAGCAACGUCGUUAGAAGAUUUACUCAGUAAAGUGCCCGAAAAGCUAGGACUGCCAGCAGAAAACCUGACUGUGGUGUUGGAGUCCGACGGGACUGAGGUGGACGAUGAGGAGUAUUUUUCGACAUUAGAGAAUGAUACAUCGUUGAUGAUUCUCCACGGGAACGAGAAGUGGACGCCAAACAUGCCGAAGUGCCAGGUGUCGCUGGACCAGACGGACGACGUGGGGCUAGGGGAGAAGGAGCAGGUGGCAAACCUGGUGGGGCGUCUGCAGCACAACCUGUGCCACAUCUCGCUGCUGGGCGGCCAGGACCUGGAGCUACUGUCCGACAUGGACCCGGACAGCCUCGCGGAUAUCGUCACGGACCGCGACAACAGAAUUAUACUGGAGCACAUCAAGGAAGCCUCUGGAAGGAUCUUAUUGGAGAAGCGGCAAGCACAGGACGCCAUGGAGCUGUUGAAACUGUACCACCAGAGUGUUUCAAAUGGCUCCGAGGAUGUGUCACCGCCCAAGCAGGAGAGAGUGUAGGGCCUGUCACAUACUUAUACAAUACCUGUAACCCUUCACUCAUUUGCAUUUGGAAUGGUAAUGCUCAAAAGUUUACAAACUUUGUUUUGUUCCUCAUUGCCAUGAUUCAAACAUUUUCAUGAAGCAUAUACAAUUAAAAUAAUCAUUUAGUUAGAAAUUAAGUAACUUAUUGAAUACACCAAAUGAAAGAGGCCUUUUUUUCUAUUAAAAUUAAAUUAGUUUUGAUGCUCUAUUUAGUUGUGUUUUAAUGCAAUCAUUUGUCUUUUAAAACAUUGCCUCAAUAAUGAUUUGUAAAUAACAAUCAUGUAAGUAAAUCAAGAAACAGUAAUAGUUGAUCAAAGUAAAGGUAUGCAGGUAAUACUCGGGUAGUUAUAAUAUAAUACACUAAUCUUAUGAAUAUGAGCUGAUACGGAAUAUGAGAUGAUAUACCUACAUAAUAACAUAAUAACCACAUUCUAAAUAUUGUAUGUAUCUAGUGUGUAACCCUUAAACAGUAUUUCCAUUGUAGAUAUCUUGAAUUGAAUUCCUAUUUUAUGAAUGUAUGCAAAACUCGGAAAAAAACCUCAGAAUAUCAUUUGCCAACUUGAGCUCUGCCAUGCUAAGUAUAUCCACUGCAUGUAAAUAAAUGAAAUAUUGUAUAAAAAUCAGGGCCGUGUUGCAUAAUAAACUACAACUAAUAUUACAAGCGGAACUCCUUUUACUCCUUUUAGUGGAUUUAGAAAAGGAGUUCCACUUGUAAUAUUACUUGUAGUUUAUUAUGCAAUACGCCCCUGGUAUGGUACAAUUAAAUAAUGUUUUCAAAUGCUCAUUUGGUGCAUAUGCUAGGCAUUUCAUAUUUUCUUUAAGUAAUACAUAUUACUACAUUUUUACUCCUUCAAUAUGUUACCAAUAGUUACUGUCAAGAUAUUUUGGUAGCUGUAUAGUAAAAGGUCUGACAAUAGAUAUGCUAGAACAUAAGCAUGUAUACCCUCUAGAUUGUUAAGGUUUCUUUAUUGUAAACUUUUGAGAGACAAAUUGCCACGAGGUUGACAAGUCAACAUCAAUUUAAAAGACUGAUAGUUGUUAAUUUUUUUUAAAUAUUAUAUUUUACCCCUAGAAUAAGAAUUCUUUGUUUAACUCCAAAUUGCUCAAAAAGUUUCGAAUAUUAUACCUAUAAGUUUCCAAUUGUUAUUCCACUGCCAAAUGUCAAAAGCAUGCUCAUAUUGUGGUAAGUUAGAAUGCGUAGGGAAUGUAUGGUCUGAAUAGGUGUGUGGUAGAAUAAUGAUUGGUUAUCA